CACGUGUACGUUGUACGAGGUUUUAGUUUUUAUUCCCCACCGCAGACAGCAGACAGCGCUCACGACCAGCUCAACAUUCGCACGUGCCCGGAACCGUGUCGUCAUUUCCUGGAAAACACGGAGAAGACGGAAGUCCGGGGCUGCAGAAAAGGGAAAGCAAACUGCUGUCUGUUGUCAAACUGUUAGCGAUUUAUUUAUUUUUGUAAUCAUAAAACAUUUGUGGGUUUUCAUAUGUUGUCAUAACGGACGUGCCAUUAUUGGAUCUACAUGACAGUGAUCCCCUGCUACUAUAAGAAGGCACAGCAAUGGAGGCCUCCAAAUCUUCCAGCUCUACAAUGCAGGUGAGCUUUGUGUGUCAGAGGUGCAGCCAGCCUCUGAAACUGGACACUUCCUUCAACGUGCUGGACAAAGUCACCAUCCAGGAGCUCAUAGCUCCAUUAGUCACUGUAACCCAUAUAAAACCUGAUGAAAGCAACGGGGAUGACAAUGUACCAAAGGAGACAUUUGUGGAAAACAAGCAAGAUGGAGUAUCCAGGAAGUACAUCCCUCCUGCUCGAAUGCUGUCUACAGAGAGUGCCAACAGCUUCACUCUGAUUGGGGAGGCUUCUGAUGGUGGCACCAUGGAAAACCUGAGCCGGCGAUUGAAGGUGACCAGUGAUCUGUUUGACAUUAUGUCUGGCCAGACAGAUGUGGACCACCCCUUGUGUGAGGAGUGUACUGACACACUGCUAGACCACCUGGACUCCCAGCUCAACAUCACUGAGAAUGAGUGCCAGAAUUACAAGAACUGCCUGGAGCUGCUGUCUCAGAUGAGGGAGGAAGAGGAGGGCUCCCUGUUGGCAGAGCUGAGGAAGCUGAGCGCCGAGGAGGAGCAGCUGAUCCAGGAGCUGGAGGCUAUCGAGGGCCAGCGCAAGACUGUGGCGGAAGAGCUUGCCCGGGGACGAGCCCACACAGAGGAGCUGGAGCGAGAGGAGCAGCAAUACCAGAAGGAGUACAGCGAGUUCAAGAGGCAGCAGCUGGAGCUGGAUGAUGAGCUGAAGAGUGUGGACAACCAGAUGCGCUACGCCCAGAUCCAGCUGGACAAGCUAAAGAAAACCAACGUCUUCAAUGCCACCUUCCACAUCUGGCACAGUGGCCAGUUCGGGACAAUCAAUAACUUCCGUCUGGGUCGGCUGCCCAGCGUUCCCGUCGAGUGGAAUGAGAUCAAUGCAGCCUGGGGACAGACCGUUCUGCUUCUUCACGCCCUGGCCAACAAGAUGGGCCUGCGCUUCCAGAGAUAUCGUCUGGUCCCGUAUGGCAAUCACUCAUAUUUGGAGUCACUCUCGGAUAAGUCUAAGCACCUGAAUGAGUCUUUCCUCUCCCUGGGGCUGCAGGAGCUGCCACUCUACUGCUCUGGAGGCCUGCGCUUUUUCUGGGACAACAAGUUUGACCACGCCAUGGUGGCCUUCCUGGACUGCGUGCAGCAGUUUAAGGAAGAAGUGGAGAAAGGGGACACAGGUUUCUGUCUGCCCUACAGGAUGGAUGUGGAAAAGGGAAAAAUUGAAGAUACCGGAGGGAGUGGAGGCUCCUAUUCCAUCAAAACCCAGUUCAACUCAGAGGAGCAGUGGACCAAAGCCCUCAAGUUCAUGCUUACCAACCUGAAGUGGGGACUUGCCUGGGUGUCCUCUCAGUUCUAUAACAAGUGACGCAUUACUCCAUCCUUGGACUCACAUGCCACAUUGCUGCCAAUAUUGCUGCAAAAGGAUUUUGUAUCUUGACAACUACAUACAGUUCAUGGAACUUGUUUACUCCUUAUCCAGAAGUUUGAACUUUUAUUUUUACUCAGUUAUAAAAUCUGCCAUAAAACAUGUUUUCCGAGCUGCUAGCAAUCCGUAAGAGGUGCACAUCUGUACAACAGCCUGCUGCUGCUGCCCGGAGUGAGCUCUAACCUGCAUUGACUAGAGCAGGGAAACCCAUCCACAGCAGGAAAUGAACAGGAAUGAAUUUAAUUCAAUCUAAUACGUUUCAAGUUCUGGGAUAUCGAUUGACAUAUCUUACCCAUUGUAGAAAAUGACAUUCUAAUGGAAUUUAUUCUCUACAAAUCUGGUCUGUAUAUGAGACUGGAUAGGGGUUACACUGUAUAGGGGUUGUAUUAGUGAAAUAUGACCCUAUCCCUUCAGGAAACUACUGAGAAUUUAAAACGGUAUGGGGAGCGAUCAUUUACAUCUGUGUUCAUUCAGCUGAAAUGAUUUUAAUAAAUUAAAGAUUGAUCCAUCCCUUUACAUAAUAAAAAGGAAUCCAGAAAAGAAAACCAUUAAUACUUCAACCUUAAUAAAUUAUAUUUCAUGUA